AGAGAAACAGGUUAUCUCCAAAGUGGCCUCUGUUCUGGAGCCAACUGUAAAGACGGCUUUGUCGGGGGAGAUCCUUCGUUAACUUGGCGUAUUGCGCACAAUUAGAACGAUGGCAGGUUCAGCGCUCAGGCGGCUAAUGGCGGAGUAUAAACAGCUAACGUUAAACCCACCAGAAGGGAUCAUCGCUGGCCCGAUCAACGAAGAGAAUUUCUUCGAAUGGGAAGCUCUCAUUACUGGCCCAGAAGGAACAUGUUUUGAAGGUGGUGUAUUUCCUGCAAAAUUAAUAUUUCCACCAGAUUAUCCAUUGAGCCCACCAAAGAUGCAGUUCACUUGUGAGAUGUUUCAUCCCAACAUUUAUGCAGAUGGAAGAGUUUGCAUAAGUAUACUGCAUGCACCCGGCGAUGACCCGAUGGGUUAUGAAAGCAGCGCAGAAAGAUGGAGUCCGGUGCAGAGCGUUGAAAAAAUACUGUUGAGUGUGGUAAGUAUGUUGGCUGAACCAAAUGAUGAGAGCGGCGCCAACGUGGACGCCGCUAAGAUGUGGAGGGAAGAUCGCAGUGAAUUCGAAAAAAUUGCUCAAAAACUGGUGAGAAAAACUCUGGGUAUUCCACCUUAAGUACGCGAAGUCUAUUAAAAAAAGAAAAAGAUACUUCUAACGAUUGUUAUUGUUGUCUUUAUGUUGCUCCUCGCAACUACUAUGAGAACACUGUACGAAAUAAUAAAUAUCUGUGGAACGAACGAA